UACUGGUAAGAAAUUCAGGAACCAUAAGGAAUAUGGGAAGGCCAUUAGUAGGGGUUCAAAACAUUUUCAGCAUCAGAUCAUGUUUAUUAGUGAAAAUUGUGAACAUAAGGAAUGUGGUAGAGUCUUAGAUUGUGUCCACCAGAGCAUUUAUACUGAGGAGAAAAUCUAUGAGGGUAAAGAAUGUGGAAAAGCCUUUCAAUAUUUCUAUCACAUCAGAGAGUUUACACAUGUGAGGAACCCUGUCUAGCUAAGGAAAGUGGGAUGUUUUUUUUAAAUCAUUCCUCAGACCUUAUUUAUCAUCAGAUACUUCUUGCCAAUGAGAAAACUUAUCAAUGUAUGUUAUAUGGAAAAGCCUUUAGUAGCAAACCAGCCAUUACUCUGCAUCAGAGAAUUCACGCUGAGAAACCAUAUAUAUGUAAGAAGUGUGGAAAAGCCUUUCAUAGCAAUUCAAUACUUACAGAACAUCAGAGAUUUCACACUGGUAAGAAACCUUAUAUAUGUAAAGAAUGUGGCAAAGCCUUUCAUUAUUCCUUGGAUCUUAAAAGACAUCAGAGAAUCCAGACUGGUGAAAAACCCUAUGAAUGUAAGAAAUGUAGCAAGGCCUUUAAGAGUGCAUUGUAUUUUUUUAUACAGCAUAGAAUUUAUAGUGGUGAGAAACCCUAUGAAUGUAAAAAUUGUGCUAAGACAUUUGGAAGUAGCUCAACCCUUAAUCGACAUAAGAGAGUUCAUACUGGUGAAAAACCCUAUAUAUGUAAAGACUGUGGAAAGACCUUUUGUAGCAGUUCAAAAUUUACAGAACAUCAGAGAAUUCACACAGGUGAGAAGCGCUAUGUUUGUAUGGCAUGUGGAGAGACCUUUUGUAACAGUUCUAUACUUACAGAACAUCAGAGAAUUCACACUGGUGAAAAACCAUAUGUCUGUAAAGAAUGUGGAAAGGCCUUUUCACUUUCAGACCUUCAUCAACAUUGGGGAAUUCAUAUGAUUGAGAAACCCUAUGAGUGUAAGGAAUGUGGGAAAACCUUUAGUAGUAGCUCUGCCAUUAUCUGGCAUCAGAGGAUUCAUACUGGUGAGAAACCCUUUGAAUGUAAGGAAUGUAGAAAGGCCUUUCAUCAUUCUUCAGACCUUUCUCAACAUCAGAGAAUUCACAAGGGUGAGAAACUUUAUGAAUCCAAAGAAUGUGGGAAGGUUUUUGUACGUAGUUUAAAUCUCAAUCAACGUAGAAAUGGUCAUGCUGGUAAGAAGCUCUGAAAAUAAUCUGUGGGAAAGGCAUUCACUUAAUUUGAGUUAGGACUUCAUGCUGAUUAGAUCCUGUAAUUAAUAUGAGGAGCCCUUUAUUUGGUAUUGACAGCUGAAAUUGCCCAAGGAUAUAGUAAAUAUUAGAAAACCAUCAACAGUUCACUUCUUACUUAAUAUCAGGAAUUUAUAAAUUUGAAUGAAGAAAAUGAAAAUUUUGGUGCAUGUCAACCUUAAAUAUCAGAUAAUUUAUUGCAUAAUAAUCCUAGAAUUUUAUUUUACUUUUCCUAAAAUAAUUCUAGG